CGCGUGACGUCACCGGUAAACAAGAGCAGCGAGGAAGACGAUCCACGAUGCCGACCGUGUCCGUGAACCGAGAACUGCUCUUUAAGACGCUCGGGAAGACCUACACUGAUGAGGAAUUUGACGAGCUGUGCUUCCAGUAUGGCCUUGAAGUUGACGACAUUGUUGACGACCCUGAAAAAGGCAUGACAUAUAAGAUUGAAGUGGGAGCCAAUCGCUAUGAUUUACUCUGCAUUGAAGGCAUCGCACGGUCCCUCUCUGUUUACCUGGGGAAGGAAUCACUUCCUCGUUACCAACUUGUUCCUGCCAAAGACCCACAAAGAAACAGGCUCAUUGUGAAACCUGACACAGCCAGGGUUCGGCCAUAUGUGGUGGGAGCUGUGCUUCGGGGAAUGACCUUCACUCAGGCUGUCUAUGACUCCUUCAUUGACCUUCAAGAUAAACUCCACCAAAAUCUUGCCAGGAAGCGUACUCUUGUUGCUAUCGGAACUCAUGAUUUGGACACGAUCACCGGGCCUUUCAUCUACGAUGCUCGGCCACCAACAGAUAUCUCCUUCGUCCCCCUCAACCAGACUCAGGAGCUCAGAGCUGACAAAAUGUUAGAAAUGUUUAGCCAUGAUUCCCACCUUAAGGAAUAUGUUCCUAUCAUCAAGGACAAACCUGUGUACCCAGUGAUUACAGAUCAGAAGGGCGUGGUGCUCUCCCUCCCCCCCAUCAUCAACGGCAACCAUAGCAAGAUCACCCUGAAGACCCGCAACGUCUUCAUAGAGUGCACUGCCACAGACAAACACAAGGCGCAGAUCGUGCUGGAUACUCUUGUUUGCAUGUUCUCUGGUUACUGUGAUCAGCCAUUCACUGCUGAGCCUGUGGAGGUGGAAUACCCCAGUGGUGAGAAGUUGCAGUACCCAACUUUGCGCUAUGUCCAGCAAGAGGCUUCUGUGGACUAUUGUAACAUAUUGGCAGGAGUGGAAGAAAAUGCUGAGAGCAUCUGCAAGCUUCUGACCUCCAUGAGCCUCAAUGCAAAGCCUAAUGGGGAAGGAAAGAUUGUGGUCGAUGUCCCUCCUACAAGGUAUGACAUUCUCCACGAGUGUGACAUAGCAGAGGACUUCGCUGUGGCUUAUGGAUUUGAUAAACUGGCAGCAGACUUACGAAUGCCCCCUACCAACACCAUAGGCCAGGAAUUUGAGCUGAACUAUCUCAGUGACAAGCUAAGACUCCUUCUGUCCCAGAAUAACUACACUGAAGCUGCCACAUUCUCUCUCUGCUCUAAGGCUGAUAUGGGAGAGAGGAUGAGAGUCAGCCUUGAAGAUAAGCCGUGGGUGAGAGUUGGCAACCCAAAGACGGCUGAGUGUGAGGCAGUGCGCAUGAACCUCUUGCCAGGGAUUUUGAAAACUAUUGCAGCUAAUAAACAUGUUGCCUUGCCCAUUAGACUGUUUGAGGUGUCUGACAUUGUACUCCGCAACAAAUGCUCAGCAACAACCAGGGGAACUGGUGCUCGAAACCAUCGUUUCCUGUGUGCAGUAAACUAUAAUGUCAGAGCAGGAAUGGAGGUAAUACAGGGUCUUCUUGACAAUAUUAUGAUCGCUCUGAAAGUCCCAUUCGCUGAUCAGGAUAAUGCACGAGGAUACACAUUAGAGGGCAAAGACUAUCCAAGUUACUUCCCUGGGUUCUGUGGUGAUGUGCUGAUUAACGGCGUGGUUGUUGGCCAGAUAGGACUUGUUCACCCAGAGGUCAUUACUAACUUCAACCUCAACAACCCAGCUGCUGCUUUGGAGCUUAAUCUUGAGAAAGUUUUAGAGGUCACAAACUUUGGACAUUGUUAACCCCAGUUUAUCAUGGUAUUAAAGCAAAUGUGGGAACUGUACUACCUGUAUUUAAUGCCUUAUGACCAAAUACUUUAAACCCCUUACUUUUUAAAUUACAUGGAUAUAUAAACUUCAUUGUUAUUUAAUAAUCUAAAUGUCUAUAUAUAUGCUACUUCUGUUUUAUAUGUGCCAGAUGAGUCUUGAGAUGUAUGCUAAUUUAAUGUACGUAUUAUUUGUGGGAAACUGUAAUUAUUGUCUUCAUGGUCAAGCCUUUUUAGAAUCAACAUACAUAGGCAAUUUC